AUGCGGGAAAACUACUCCAUUAGCUGGGAAAAGCAUCGUCCUGGCAAUACCAGAGAGGCAAAAUCACCACAACGUGCUGGGCCCUGUCCCAUGCCCACCGAGCCCUGCUCAGCACUAUCCAGUACCCUCAAGGAGGAAAAGUCCCUGGAUCUCAUGGCAAAAAGCAGCAGGCACUGCUUCUACUCCAACCCCAGCAACGAGCCCUGCGGCUACUUCAACCUCAGCAACAGGCCAGGCACUCUAGCCAUUCCAGCCGUGGUGACAGGUACUGGCACGCGCAGGCACAGCGCAGAAGCCCACGGGGCAUUGCGGAAGGUUUGGUUUUUAACUUGUUGUCACGCUUUUGUUCUUGGGGCUGAGGGACCGGGGAGCGGCCGAGGGGAGCGGCGGGGCUGGGGGAGCGGGCAGGCGCUGCGGGCCCGGCGGGCUCUGGCGGUGCUGCGGGUGCGGCUGUGCCGAGGGGGUGGCGGGGCCGGGGCCGGCGGGGUUAAGCCGGUCCCGGGCCGGGCGGCGCGCGGGCCGGCGGCGCUCCCCCAGCGCGGGCCGACGGGGCCGGGCGUUGCCCGGCGGCCGCUGGAGCGAGAGCGGUCGGUGCGUCCGUUGUCGGGGAGCGCCAUGGAGGGCCAGCGGCUGCCCGGCGCUGUCAAUCCCAGCCACUUCCCGGCCAAGCUCUGGCAGCUGGUGAACAGCCCGCGCUGCGGCUCCGUGCGCUGGGAUGCCCGCGGCGAGGGGCUGCUCAUCGACCAGCGGCUCUUCGAGCGAGAGCUGCUGGGCGCGGAGGCGGCCGGCGACGGGGCGGCCCUGGGCGGCGAGUUCUUCAAGACCAGGAACUUCGCCAGCUUCAUCCGCCAGCUGAACCUGUACGGGUUCCGCAAGCUGGGGCCGGGCCCCGGGCCCCUGCAGGACCCGGCGGGGGGCGAUGGCGGCAGCUCCGCGGGGGCCCUGCUCCACUUCCACAGCCCCCAUUUCCGCCGCGACCGCCCCGACCUCCUGCUGCGCCUCAAGCGCCUGACGAGCGCCAACAAGGCGAAGCUGGCGGCCGGCCUGGAGCUGCCCAGCCGCCCGGCCCAGCGCUCCCAGCGCCCGCCCUCGACGCUCGGCGAGGCUGCCAGGCCCGGACUGGUGACCGCAGGACAGGCUCCUCAACCUUGCCGUCCAGACAGCUGCUUUCCGCCCUCCAACAGAGCGGCCUCGUGCCAGGACCCCCCUGCUUUCCAGGCAACAACUUGCCGGCAGCCUUCCAGACCACGGCAGGGUUCUGUUGGGUCGCUGCCAGGGCACGGGGCUUCCCCAGCUUUCCCAGGCCAAGGGGCUCCCUUUCCUGUCAUCCACAAGUGCUGCACAGAGGUCACCUACACUCUCCAGACCGUGUGCUCGCUUCUGCCGCUUCAGCGAGGCGCUCCGGCUGGUGCUGCCCUUCCAGAACCCGGCAGCUGCGCGUCUCCAGGGCGGCGCUUGCAAGGCCCGGAUCCAACGGGCUCUUUGUACUGCUGUUCGCCCCCUGCCCAGGGAGGGCCUCUGACUGUCAGCGCCAGUGCUGCGGCUGCGGCGUCCACCGACUGCGUCUUUGUGCAGAGUCCUGAAUUGCAGCCGCUUUCUGCAGCUGAAUGCCUGCCCUCCGAUGGGGCACAUCAUGCAUCUGAGGAGGAGGAGGUGUUGCCGGAAUUAAGUUAUGAAGAUGUGUUUCAGUUUCUCAGUGACAUGUAUGCCUCAGACAGCGCCGACGUAGUGACACCGGAGCCUGCAGAAAGCUGGGGUGCAGAGCUGUUUGAAAGCUACAUCAGUGCGGCCAUAGAAAGCGCUGCUGCUGCUGCUGGAACGGCACAAGACUGUGUGAGCACCCAGGGAGCCCCUGAACACCCGGAUCACAGCCCAGCUCAACUAUCCGAAAUGUUUGUUGUGGAAGGACUGUUUUGUGCGGAGCAAGAGAGUGGGAGUGUUAAAUGCGGAUCUGCGACGGAAGAGAGAGAGCUGACUUCAGGAGCCGAGGAAGAGAACAAAGCUGCAGAAGAGGCAGGGUCCCCUGCAGAGCCUCAGUGCAGGAAGAGAAGACACAGCUCACAGCAGGAUCCGCAGGAGCCGGAAGGUGGAGCCUGUAAGCGGGGCUGCUUGGAGGAAGACGCCAGAGUGAGGAGCGUGUGGACGCGUGGAGCAGCUGCCGGCCGGUUCCCUCCUGCGAGUCCGGCAGCAGCGCUCGGCACAGAGCUGGAGCCUGGGUUCAGGCUGGGAAAAGCAGCAAUACCAGAGAGGCAAAAUCACCACAACGUGCUGGGCCCUGUCCCAUGCCCACCGAGCCCUGCUCAGCACUAUCCAGUACCCUCAAGGAGGAAAAGUCCCUGGAUCUCAUGGCAAAGCAGCAGGCACUGCUUCUACUCCAACCCCAGCAACGAGCCCUGCGGCUACUUCAACCUCAGCAACAGGCCAGGCACUCUAGCCAUUCCAGCCGUGGUGACAGGUACUGGCACGCGCAGGCACAGCGCAGAAGCCCACGGGGCAUUGCGGAAGGUGGGAAGGAGCUGGUGGGAUUUUGCAGCAUCCCGACGGUGGCAAUGUCCGCAGAAGCCCCUGUGCUCCCAGAGCAGCAGUGCCAGGACAGGAGCUGUUGCUGGGCCUCCCCUGCCCCCUUGGCAAGCAGUGCCCCAGCCCCAGCAACACUCGGGAGCUGCGCUUCCUGAACCAAAUAAUGCCGCUUCCAGCUCGGUGUGA